AUGGCGCAAGAAUUGCCCCCUGUUGGAAGCGAAACGUGGACCUGUGGAAAAGAAUUCGCUGACGGCUUCCUCGCACCUCGCAUUGAGCAGGUGAAGGCGGCAUUCAAUCAAGAUGCCCUCAAAGCUUAUGCUUCUUCACUUCGAGACGGUCGCACAUGUACCCUUUCUAGCGAAUUUUCUGUCGGGACCUGCAACUUCGUCAAGAAAAUCACUUUCGACGACGGAGUUGAGUGGAUUGCGAGGCUGCGUAUGCCAUCAUUGGCAAACUUCGAAAACCCCCAUCGAGCUUCGCUCCUAAAGACCGACUUGGAAAUUCAACAGAAGAAGCGCAGAAUUCUGUACGAGAUGCGGUCCGAGCUUGACACCAUGGGAUUUGUGCGCAAGCACACCGACAUCCCGCUGCCGAAGGUGCAUGGAUAUAACCUCGACGACAGCAAUCCCGUCGGAUUCCCUUUCUCGAUCAUCGACUACAUUCACGGUACCACUGCCGCAGAGGUGUCUAGAAGCUACACCGGUGACUACGAAUCCAUCCCAGAAGAGUAUCAAGAGAAGUUCUGGCGUCAAGUGGCCAACGUCAUCCUCCAGCUUGCAUCCAUUCGCCUACCAAAGAUCGGUUCUAUUAUUCGGGACCCAUCGAAGCCGGAUUUGUUUAUGAUGGAACCCAUAGUCGAGACGUCUUCAGGGCCACAUGAUUCCGCAUCAGAAUUUUACAACAACUUCCCGCUAGCGCUGACCAAGAGCCUCUUUGAUGCGGACACUGCUGGAAGCAGACUGGAAGAGCUAUGUGACGAGCAGGGUGCAGCAUUCCGGUCGCUGGCCUCAUCUUGCUUCUCUCCUGCCACCGUACUGGAAGGCAUGGCCAGCCCUGGACUCGGCCUCACGAACUGGGAACUUGCCCCUCACAAUAUCCUAGUGGACAGGGAGUUCAAUAUUCUCGCAGUCAUUGACUGGGACUCUGUUAUCGCGUUGCCGGACGCAGCCCUCUAUCACUUUCCGAUUGGAGCGGGCAUGGAAUCCGCAGUUCCUGGAAUUGGGAGGAGGUAUCAGCCAGAUUCUAAGCGCGAGGAGCGCUGCCGCCGCUUUGCUAAGAUCGUUGAAGAAGUGGGUCAGGAGCGAAGCGCAAAAGCUCAUCGAGGGACAAAUGCGAGCGGGACAUUUUUGCCUACCAAGGGCGGAUUCUAUUCCAAGGAGGCAGUGGCCUUUCGCAUGCUGAUCUAUAUGAGGGUGAGGUCGGAGGAGCUCAACGAGGAGUGUGUGCGGGGCCUGAAAUGGUUGAGCGAGCACAGCGAGGCAGACAUUGCACAGUUUUACAAGAUAUAA